AUUGACUGUAGGAUUAAGGAAAAAGACAUCUUGUAUAUGCGUGCUGCUUUUCAUUGUCACUUGAAGCUCCUGCGAAGUUACAGCCUCCAGGAUGACAGCUACGGAAGAGGGCGUUGCCCUAAGCCAGUCAAGUCAAGUCGUGUUAGUUAUAGCUGGUGCAAGCGCAGUAGUAUUCCUGGGCUACCUGGUCUACGCCCUGCUUGGAUGCAUCCGUGCAGCGGGGCGUGCACUGGCUCCAUCGCAUAGCUCAAAGGCCAAGCUUAAGCCGGUUAAGACAAAGGCAGCCAAGGAUAAGACGUCGGACAGCGAUGUCGAUACGCCGGUGGCCUCCGUUUCGGUCGCUCCCGGCAAGGAGCGUGGCCCGGAUCUCAAGUCGCUCAUUAAGGCAGAGAAGGCCGCAGCAAAGAAGAAGGGCGCCACGAGCAAGGAGGAUGCCAUGUCGCAUCAUGAGCUGUGGCUGAACACGCUCAAGGACCACGGUGACACGGUGACCGGGCUGGCCUGGUCCCGCGACGGGCGGCUGCUGGGCAGCGCGUGCGAGGACAUGACGCUGCGACUGUUCGACCUGGGGGAGGACGUGGGGGCCAAGAACCCCAAGUUCAAGCGCAUUCGUACGGCGCGCAUUCCCAUCGGGGUGGGUUUCGGAGACUCCCCCGACCAGCUGGCUGCCGUACUUCGCGGCGCCCCGGACACGCUGGUGGCGCUGUACGGCCCCGUGGUCAAGCAGGCGGGGGAGGCGCCGGUGUACGACGCAUUAUGGACGGUUGGCAACGUGCAUGGCAAGGAGCCCGCCCUCCCGGCAGUGGCCGCCUCCGUGCCGAGCGAGGGGGCAGUUGGGCGGCGCGGGUACGUGGUCAGCCUCUCCACCAAGAGGGAGGGCAGGGUGUACGACAUGAAGGGUUCCCUGCUCGCCUCCUUCGAGCCCUCCGCGCUUGCCAACCACGAUCUUGCGGUGUCGUACGACGGCCGCUUCAUCGCCGCCGCCACCUUCUCUUCGGAUGUGAAGAUCUGGGAGAUGAAAUACUCGAGGGAGGGGGAGUUCAGGGGUCUGCUCAAGGCCAUGAACCUGUCAGGCCACCGGGGGCAGGUGGCGUGUGUGGGCCUGUCGUACGACAACUGCCGGGCUGCAACCGCCGGCAAGGACGGCAUGCUCAAAGUAUGGAACAUCGAUGUGCGCUACGAGCUGAGUGAGGACCCCAAGGUGCUGCUUGCGAUCCCCAUGCCGCUGCCCGAGGGGCGGAUCUACCAGCACCUGGCGUUCGGACCCCCCGGAUCGGAUCUGCUGGCGGCAUCCCACGAGGGUGUCGUACACCUGCUCAACCUGCGCAGCGGCGAGCUGGUGGAGCGCAUCGCGGCUCACGACGGCCCCAUCACCUGCAUGCGCUGGUGCCCGCUGCCUCGCAAGCUGCUCCCGGGGGGGGCAGCAGCUGGGGCUGCGGGGGCGGCAGCAGCAGCGGGAGCUGUGGUGUUUGUGUUGGCGACUGCUAGCCGGGACAAGCGCGUGCGGUUGUGGCGGGCGCCCAAGUACUGAGGGGGGGUUGAAUGCAGAGGCGCGCAUCGCAUGCAGGGGGGUCGCAGAGGCUCUUGCACACACC